GCAACACAGCCGCCCGGUUUGCAUGCACGGGCGUGUCCGGUCCAAUCCUUCUGCAUGCCUCUCUUUCCCCGGUUUGCAUGCACUGCCGCUAGGAGAGCUUGCACGGGCGUGUCCGGUCCAAUCCUUCUGCAUGCCUCUCUUUCCCCGGUUUGCAUGCACUGCCGCUAGGAGAGCUUGCACGGGCGUGUCCGGUCCAAUCCUUCUGCAUGCCUCUCUUUCCCCGGUUUGCAUGCACUGCCGCUAGGAGAGCUUGCACGGGCGUGUCCGGUCCAAUCCUUCUGCAUGCCUCUCUUUCCCCGGUUUGCAUGCACUGCCGCUAGGAGAGCUUGCACGGGCGUGUCCGGUCCAAUCCUUCUGCAUGCCUCUCUUUCCCCGGUUUGCAUGCACUGCCGCUAGGAGAGCUUGCACGGGCGUGUCCGGUCCAAUCCUUCUGCAUGCCUCUCUUUCCCCGGUUUGCAUGCACUGCCGCUAGGAGAGCUUGCACGGGCGUGUCCGGUCCAAUCCUUCUGCAUGCCUCUCUUUCCCCGGUUUGCAUGCACUGCCGCUAGGAGAGCUUGCACGGGCGUGUCCGGUCCAAUCCUUCUGCAUGCCUCUCUUUCCCCGGUUUGCAUGCACUGCCGCUAGGAGAGCUUGCACGGGCGUGUCCGGUCCAAUCCUUCUGCAUGCCUCUCUUUCCCCGGUUUGCAUGCACUGCCGCUAGGAGAGCUUGCACGGGCGUGUCCGGUCCAAUCCUUCUGCAUGCCUCUCUUUCCCCGGUUUGCAUGCACUGCCGCUAGGAGAGCUUGCACGGGCGUGUCCGGUCCAAUCCUCCUGCAUGCCUCUCUUUCCCCGGUUUGCAUGCACUGCCGCCAGGAGAGCUUGCACGGGCGUGUCCGGUCCAAUCCUCCUGCAUGCCUCUCUUUCCCCGGUUUGCAUGCACUGCCGCUAGGAGAGCUUGCACGGGCGUGUCCGGUCCAAUCCUCCUGCAUGCCUCUCUUUCCCCGGUUUGCAUGCACUGCCGCUAGGAGAGCUUGCACGGGCGUGUCCGGUCCAAUCCUUCUGCAUGCCUCUCUUUCCCCGGUUUGCAUGCACUGCCGCUAGGAGAGCUUGCACGGGCGUGUCCGGUCCAAUCCUUCUGCAUGCCUCUCUUUCCCCGGUUUGCAUGCACUGCCGCUAGGAGAGCUUGCACGGGCGUGUCCGGUCCAAUCCUUCUGCAUGCCUCUCUUUCCCCGGUUUGCAUGCACUGCCGCUAGGAGAGCUUGCACGGGCGUGUCCGGUCCAAUCCUCCUGCAUGCCUCUCUUUCCCCGGUUUGCAUGCACUGCCGCUAGGAGAGCUUGCACGGGCGUGUCCGGUCCAAUCCUCCUGCAUGCCUCUCUUUCCCCGGUUUGCAUGCACUGCCGCUAGGAGAGCUUGCACGGGCGUGUCCGGUCCAAUCCUCCUGCAUGCCUCUCUGUUUUUUGUGUUUUUGUAGUUUGUAUUUGCUUUGGUGAAAUGGCGCGUCACUGGUGGGUGGAGGCGUCGCGCAGCUGAUUGGUCGAGCUCCCCUGUGGAAGGAAGGGGCUGAGUUUCGGCUCCGGGUUUCAUGAGUCGCGUGGUUUGCAGGCUGAAGCUGCGGCGCUUGUGCGGGUCAGUAUAUCUAAUAAGAAUUGAUUUGAAGCCCUCUUCUGAGCAGGACCAACCCCCCCCCCCCCCCAAAAAAAAAAUAAAAACCCAACGCUCAUUGGACCCAGCUGCUCCUCUGUACUGGACCGAAACCAGUCUCCAUGGCACAGAGGUGUGCUGUCCAGUCCUGCGGGAACUCUCACAGUACCGGGCACAGCCUGCACGCAUUCCCGAGAGAGCCCUCCACACGGCUUCUGUGGGUCAAGUUUGUGCAGGCAAAGAGAGCAGACUUCCAGGGAGUCGCUCGCUGUCCGGUUAUCUGUGGAGCGCAUUUCUCCCCCGACAGUUUUAUAAAUGACCUUAAAUUUUCAAUGGGGUUCUCUAAGACGAGGCGGCUGGAGAGAGGGGCGGUCCCCACUAUUCAACCCGUCCCGAAAGGGCCCCAGCUGGGAUCCGAGAAUAAGGGAGACAGAGGGAGACUCUCAUCGGCACCUCUCUGUCUGCCCCAAGCGGGGGGAAAGGAGCCCCGUUUCACCAAAGCGGUCCAUGGCAUGGAAGUUGCAAGGCUUGUGAAGGAUGGCGAUACCAGAGGUGAUGGUGAACAAAGUCCAGUCCCUGCCUCUUCAGCUUUGACAAUGAGAACGGAUCAGCCUCGCUCACAGGGAGUUUCUGAGAUGGAAGCAGCUCACGUCAGCCCAGAGCUUCCUAUUCGAUGGGUUGUUUCUGCAGACAGGACUGUUGAGAUCAAGGAGGAAGUGACUGAGCUGGGGUGCGACCAGGCCAAUGAGCGGAUCCUGCAGGAGGAAACACCACCUUCUAGCAUCACUGAGAGAGGUGCUGAGGCGACAUUUGUAAAUCUUGGUAGGAGACAAGAAUCAGAAACGGCAUCUUCUCACAUUAAAGAGGAGACCCCAGAACUGGAACCUGUCCCCAUUAAAGAGGAGACCCCAGAACUGGAACCCGUCCCCAUUAAAGAGGAGAGUCCUGCGCUAGAAUCAGCAGAAUGGGAACACCUUUCAGCUUGUAAUGUCGAUGAAGGAGGGCAGGACCCCACUGCAUCACCCUACUGCAAAAACCCUUCCAGUGGCAAACCGCAGAGCAAGAAACACAGAGAGACGACACCCCGAGAAGAGAAUGUAAAACACUGGAGAGUCCAGAUUCCUUCUGUAGGAGUGUCGUUUGUUCUGGAGAGUACAGAGACUGCAGAUUCUGCAUGUGUGAACAAUUCUGAAACCCAGGGCAGCUUGAAGACCUUGUCUUGUUCUACUGAAGAUGGGAAGAGUUCCCGGCGAUUAGGCUGUCCUAAAACUCGCAAGGGAAAGCAGACAGGAGGGACUGCAUUUCCCUGUGCUGACUGUGGGAAGAGUUUCAGUGAGUUAUCAAACCUUAAAAGACACCAGCGUGUUCACACAGGAGAGAAACCACACCACUGUAAGGAUUGUGGGAAAAGGUUCUCUCGAUCAGAGUAUCUUAAAGCACACCAGCAUGUUCACACAGGAGAGAAACCACACCGCUGUAGUGAUUGUGGGAAGAGCUUCACUCUGUUAGGAAAUCUUACAAAACACCAACGAACUCACACAAGAGAGAAACCACACCGCUGUAAGGAAUGUGGGAAAAGGUUCUCUCAAUCAGAAUAUCUUAAAGCACACCAGCAAACUCACACAAGAGAGAAACCACACUGCUGUAAGGAUUGUGGGAAGAGCUUCUCUCGAUCAGUAUAUCUUAAAGCACACCAACUAAUUCACAUUAGAGAGAAACUACACCGCUGUAGUUAUUGUGGGAGAAGUUUCACUCAGCUAGGAAGUCUUAAAACACACCAACUAAUUCACAUUGGAGAGAAACCACACCGCUGUAGUGAUUGUGGGAGAAGUUUCACUCAGCUAGGAAGUCUUAAAACACACCAACUAAUUCACACAGGAGAGAAACCACACCGCUGUAGUGAUUGUGGGAAGUGUUUCACUCAGCUAGGAAAUCUUACAAAACACCAACGAACUCACACAGGAGAGAAACCACACCGCUGCAGUGAAUGUGGGAGAAGCUUCGCUCGAAUAGACAAUCUUAAAAUGCACCAACUCCUUCACACAGGAGAGAAACCACACCACUGCAGUGAUUGUGGGAAGAGCUUCAGUGAAUUAAGAAGACUUAAAAAACACAGUUUAAUUCACACAGCAGUGAAACCCUGGAGGCUGAAUGUUCAGAACAUUUUCAUCUGGUGAGACACCUUCAAAAGCAGGACAUUCUCACAAGACAAAAACCCUGCCGCUCAAGAAAUUAAUGUCAUUAAAAAACGAAUAAAACUUUAAAAAAAAAAAACCCAUUCCUUCACAAAGACAAGAUGAUGAGUCUGAUCCGAGCUUCAAACAAAACAGGCACUUUUCACACAUUCCCAAGAGGGAGACACUCUCGCUGGUAAGAGAGAGGCGCGCCGGGAUGUUUAUGUUGUGGGAGAUGUUGCUUUCCGAUAUCCCCCAUUAAUUAAACAAUCUAUUGAUGAGGAUACAUGGGUCGUUAUUGGACUUAACUCCUGUAUAUAUUGAGGCUGUGUGGUCCAGUGGUUAAAGAAACAGGCUUGGAACCAGGAGGUCCCUGGUUCAAAUCCCAGCUCAGCC